AUGGCAAACACGAUGGUCAUCCAGCAGCCCAAGCCCUUUGUUCAGGCCAUUACCUCAAACCAAUGGAGCUCCGAAAUCUGUGACUGCACCAAGGAUAUGUCUUCGUGUUGCUUAGCAUUCUGGUGCUUCCCCUGCUUUGCCUGUAUAACGGCGAGGGAGGCUGGGGAGUGCCUGUGUCUGCCCCUGCUAAACGGCUUCGGCCUUAUCCCCCCCGCCACCAUGUCCCUGAGGGUGGGGAUCCGCCAGCGCUACGGCAUCGAGGGCACCAUGUGUAAUGACUGUGUCUAUUCCUUCUUCUGCGGGCCCUGCACCUGGUGUCAAAUGUCAAGAGAGAUGAAGACCCGCCUCCAACCAGUCACUCUCAUCAACCCACAUGUAAGAUAA